CGUCCAUUUCUCUCCGCUAAGCUUAUUGUGCUCCACCGUCUUCAGCCCCAUAUUUGUCUCUGUAAUAAUGUCCCCAACCUUCCGUCGUCUUCUCCACUUGACUCUCAAAAACACCAAAUAUAUCUCCUCUCUCCAUGUACCCCUAAUUCCCACCGCUCCCUCUACCCAUCCAUCACUUCAUCACCAUCGCCUAUUCUCUUCCUCGCUCGACCCCAUUCAUUCAACCCGAACCCGAACUCCCCUUGAAAAACAAUUCGAAACCUGGAUCCAACACCUCAAACCUGGUUUCGCCCCAUCCGACGUCGUCGACGCCUUGCAAGCCCAGUUGGACCCUGAUCUGGCCCUCGACAUCUUCCGAUGGACGGCCCAACAACACGGAUACAAGCACAAUCACGAAACGUACCACACAAUGAUCAAGCUUUUAAUAUCCGGAAAACGUUACCGUGCUACCGAAACCCUAAUGGAAGAAGUCAUCGCUGGUAACUGUGAAAUGUCUAUUCCUUUAUAUAAUUCCAUCAUUAGAUUCUGUUGCUGUCGCAAGUUGUUGUUCAAUCGCGCCUUUGAUGUGUACAAGAAAAUGCUGAAAUCGGAGAAUUGUAAGCCCACACUUGAGACGUAUACUUUGUUGUUGAAUUCAUUGCUUAGGAGGUUUAAUAAGUUAAAUGUUUGUUAUGUUUAUUUGCACGGGGUUAGGUCUUUAACGAAGCAAAUGAAAUCAUUAGGAGUUAUACCUGAUACGUUCUUGUUGAAUAUGAUUAUUAAGGCUUAUGCUAAGUGUCUUCAGGUGGAUGAAGCUAUUAGGGUUUUUCGGGAAAUGGGGUUGUACGGAUGUGAGCCCAACGCAUAUACCUAUGGGUAUAUCGUGAAGGGGUUGAGUGAAAAGGGGAAGGUGGCGCAGGGCUUAGGGUUUUAUAAGGAAAUGAAGGAGAAGGGAUUGGUGGCAAGUGGUAGUUGUUAUAUGAUAUUGAUUUGUAGUCUUGCAAUAGAAAGGAGAUUCGAGGAUGCAAUUGAGGUUGUCUUUGAUAUGUUGGGAAAUGGUAUGGGGCCGGAUUUGUUAACUUAUAAAACUUUGUUGGAAGGUCUGUGCAGGGAAGGUAGGGGUAAUGAGGGAUUUGAGUUGCUUGAGGAGUUUCGAAAAAGGGAUGUGCUUAUGGGUGAUAAGAAUUACAAGAUUUUGUUGAAUGGAUUGCAUUUUCUUAGUCGUGACUAGCAGUUUUCUGUAUAUGAAUUUCAAGAGAAGAACAAACAGUGCAAAGCUAUUAAAUCAGAUACAAUACAACGAAUAUGAUAUCAGCUGAACUGGAACAGUCUAUAGAAGAUUUUGUGCCACAUUAGGCAUUUGAGCUGCUGCAAAAGUUGAAAGCCAGUUUCCGCGGAGACGUCAGGCGAAGUUACAGAAUUGCAGAUCGGUGAAACGGUGAAUCAUCUCAUAUGAUUAAAGACCUUAGUUGCUUCAAAUGUCUAAUUUGUUCUUUUUAAAGUGUUAAUGUACAAACCUGAAACCUGUGACAUUCAGGCUCAUAAAGGGGAUAGAGUCAAAGUGCAUUAUCGGGGAAAACUCGUAGAUGGAACUGUUUUUGAUUCGAGUUUUGAAAGAGGUGAUCCAAUCGAGUUUGAGCUUGGCAGUGGCCAAGUUAUCAAAGGAUGGGACCAAGGACUUUUGGGAAUGUGUGUAGGUGAGAAGCGAACGUUGACAAUCCCUUCUAAGAUGGGUUAUGGCGAUCAGGGUUAUCCCCCUAAAAUUCCAGGUGGAGCAACACUGAUCUUUGACACAGAGCUUGUUGCUGUGAAUGGGAAACCAUCAAGCGAAAAAUGAUGAGCUGUAGUCAUCAUCAAAGGAGGAGAGUUCACCCCUAUUAUUAUUUUUUUUGUUUUUUCUUUUGCCUUCAUUUUUCAUGUUUGGUCUGCUAAAACUAGACUCAAGUCUCUGGUUCUGCCCAACUAUUUAAUUAUGGAGCUUGACACAGCAGAAUGUUAUGUAAUCAUGCCUCAUAAUCUUUGUAGUUUGGAUCAGAAAUCUCCCUUGCUUAAGCAGCAAGGAAUGAACCAAUUAAGUUUAAGAUAAAUGGAAUAAGACAAUCAGGUGGCUGAACAA